AUCUCAGCACAAGAUGUCUAUCCCUACUGUACACAACAAGGAGGUAUGUCAAGUGAAUGAAGGAAAUGAAGGUGGUGAUGGAGUUGGGAGUUGCCUCUCAGGGAAUAAGGAUUUCUUUGAUGUUAUUCUGUCAAAGUCACAUAUCACACGCCCUCACUGUCUGCUAAUGCCAAAACAUAUUCUUCCCAAGCUUCCGAGUGUAACGGUGCCUUUGGUCCUGAGGCAUGGUGACAAACAGUGGGAGACGAUGUACGUUGGAGACAAGAAGAAGCCGAGGUUCGAUUAUGGUGGUUGGAAAACCUUUGUGGAUGAUAACAAUCUGGCAGAGGGAGAUGCUUGCAUCUUUGAGGUGAUGGAGUCGAGCACUCAGAUUCUGAGGCUCGGCGUCGUCAUCCUCAGGAACACCAUGGAUCUGCCGCCGGCACUGGUGUCCAAGAUUCAAUCCCAUGGCAAGACACCAGAGACAGCUAUAGAGAUUUAACUCUCACUAUUUUCACCAUCAAGAAGCUAACUAAUUAAACAUUUCUCUCUGGACUCUAGCAGUCUAGCUUAUCUAUGUUUUCUACUCUGUUAAUUAGGUUAAUUUUGAAGCUGGAUUGAAUUUGCAUGCUUCAUCAUUCUAUAAUGCAAAUUAGUCCAUCAGAUUUCUUGGCCAGCUUUAUAUGGUUAUUUAAAUUUUUAUCCCAUGAUAAUGGCUGAAUGGCAUGUGGCGAUUUUA